CAAGAAGGGCUGGGGGAAACCCAGAGCAGACCCAAGGCCAGAGGCAAACUCAGCUGGGCCCAGUUGAGAUCAGCAGGUCUGCUCCAGCCAACUCACAUGUGCCUGAGUGAGGAUAAGUGAAUGCUAUUAAAGAUGGAGGAACAGGAAUGACCAGCCAUUCCCAGAAAAGAGGAAUGACUCGGCUGAUACCAUACUGGGACAGACCAUGUUCUUUCAGGCAUGGGAUGUAGAUUUCCAAGCAUCACAGGAAGUCAGGCAUGCUGCUGAGAAUAGCCCUGAAAUCAUACCACAGUGACUGGGGUCCUGAGAAGAACGGAGGGGCCCACAUGGAGCACACAUUGGAGAAUGGUGAACUAAGAACAUGGGCAUGCUGCUUGGGCCCAUCUACAGACUGGAAUUUUGGCAACAAUGUUUUUGGAUUCAAACUGGACUAUCAGUUCUCCUUGGGUCUCCAGCCUGCCAGUUUACAGAUUGGAAUUUUCUCCAGCACCUCUUCUGUUUCUGAGAAUUUCAAAUUUGGACCAGAACUAUCAGCUCUCCUGGGUCUUCAGCUUGCCAACUGCAGAUCUUGGCAUUUCUCAGCUUCCAUAAUGCUAUCUGGUUUGGAGCAGGGACGCAAUAAAUAUUCAUCGAAUGGAAACAGCUUUCUCCCCCCGCCUGGCUCUCCCUUGCUGACCAUCCUGUUCCUAACGCUUUGCUACGUGGGAGAAUCCAGACAUCUUGUCCAGCUGCUGCUCAGGGUGGCCCAUUUUGGCUGGAAUUCAAGGAGUAAUUACAGACAAAUGAGUAUUAUUACAACCCACAUCAAUCAAUGUCUCUCUCCUCAAAUGCCCUCACCAGGAAACAAGGGCCAUCUCAGAAGAGGCUGUCUUGGUAAAGCCCAAGAGUCUUUCUGUUGACCAGGGAGUGUGUGCUACCUGGAGGGACAUUGACCAUCGGGAACCGAGUCUGGAAUGUACUGCCUGUACACUCUGAGAUUGCAGGAGAGCCUGAAUUCAAAUCCUGUCCAUCACUGUCUCUCCAUGAACUUGGACAUAGGGCUUAGCUUCCCUGAGUCUGGAUGUUCUUAUAGGUGAUGUGGGGACAGUACUAUUUCCUGGAGUGUUGUUGCAAUGAUUAAAUGAGAUAGCCUGUUUUAGAGUGUCAAGAGAGUCCCCAAGCUGAUUAAUAAAUAAAAACUUCCUUUUCCAUUC